AUGUCGGAGCGUCCAUCGUGGGAAAGCAUGAGCCACGAAGAAGAAGCGGAAGUGGGUGCGCAGGAGGAUGUGUUGCCCGAAUCAGAAUUCCCUCCAGAGUGGCAUGAGGAUGAAGAAGGCGAAGGGGCAGAACUCCAAGAUGCCGCACUUGGAGCGCCCCAGGGGCCUCCGACUACCCAUCAUUCAGAGCGAGAACUAGGCGACCUGUCGCUCCAGCUUGUGGCUGACCAAGACACUGCAGUAGACAUAGACAUGUCGCAGCUCUCUCAAGUGGCGCCUAGCCAAGAUGCCGCAGUUGGACCAGCUGAAUGCGAUGAGCGCUUGGGUUUCCGGUACCGGCCCACCUCUCAUAUGAUGAGUCGCAUCCCAGAUCCGCUGUUGCAGCUGCUGCCGCGCUUGGAAGCCUGCGGUUCCGAACCUGAACUUGGAGAGCUGCUAGAGCCAAAGCAAUUGUUCAUACAUUGUGAGAAUGGAGAGAAGCUGUAUAGCUCAACCUUUGUCGUCUUGGAGAAUGCCGUAGCCGCACAGAAGGACGUUUUGGACGUUGGAGAUGAUCCCGCCUUUGACAUCGGCCUCUUAGCCCCGACGCCAAUCAUCGUAGCCUUGCAGACCAUCUGUGGAGCUCAAGGGUGGUGUCUGGAAGCAACUCUACAAGGUCUUUUUUGUGUCACGGGGUGGCUCGAGCACGUGGACACCCGCUUGAAAGUCAGCCAUGACGAGGAGCACAUGCGAACUCCAACUUUGGCAGCUUUCCACGGCUCCCGGGCAAGCAACCGCAAGAGUUCCAUGCAGGCAUGGCUUCUACAGGAGCUAUUGGCAGACGGAAAUCUUCCGGAUGGAGUCAGGCAAUCCGGCUGCAUUUGCACAGAUGGCACAGUCAGAGGCAUUCCCCAAUCGAAGCUGGCCAGCAAGAGCUUGGUGAACAAGUUUGUGCACAGCGAACGGGAUGCUUCCAUUUCAGGGGCCAUGAGAGAUGAGAGCACUCGCUACUUGUUCUUUCACUGGGUCAUUGGCCAUACAGCUCCAACAUGCGAAGUACUCUCCAUCCGGAAAGGUGCCGAGAUGGGAUUCCCCAAGCGCUUUCAUUGCGUCUUCAGAGGGUCCAAGCCAGCGACAAAGCCAGAGCAGGAAUGCUCUCAGUCAAAGCAGCUGAUGAUUGACUUCAUUGCUUUCAUGGCCGAACAUGCCAACAAGGGAGAUGUUGAAGGCGGUGGCGCUGUCGUGACUUGCGACAAGUAUGCGGCUGGCUGGCUCAGGCAGAUUUUGCUUUGCAUUGAAGACUUUCAGGAGCAGAACCCAACCCUGUCGUCCGCGUGGACCCAAAAGUUAGACUACGCCGACAGUGAUCUCCUGCGCAUUGGAAACAUCGUGAGGAGGCUGCGGCAGUUCCUCCGUGUUCGUGCAGGGCAACCUUUUGAAGAAGUGCCAAUCACCAUCCGAGACCUUCAGUACGCUGUGCACAGUUGGUGUCGACAAAUUGAGUACUACUCUGCCUUGAUCCGUGCUGAUGAAUGUGGACAUGAGGAGCGCAGCGCAGCGGGUGGAAACCCGAAAGAUGUGCAAACCUUGGUGAUGAAGAUGUUGCUUCAGGCAACGCCAAGCACCGCAGAGGAGCAGAAUACACACACAGUCCGGAGCAGCCUCCGUGGCAGAUUGGCCACCAUAUGUGAAAAAGGGACCAAGGAUGAAAGGAAGAAGAAAUCAAACGGUCCAGCCAACACCGUGAUAGAAGCUGUGCGGAGCCUAGCCUCCAGUGCCGUGUUGGAAAGCAGAGAAGAAAAGAAGUCAGGACACACAGUGAUCCACUUCAAGAAAAGAAAGUGGGCCGAGAUUAGCGACAGCUCCUCUGCCAUGGCAAUGUGCCAGUCCCUGCACAUCAGCAGCGAGCACUUUCCCCAGUGCUAG